AUGUGCGGGGGCUGGGGUUCUGCUCUGCCCGGAGCCGGUCCUGGACCGGGGAGCGUUGUUCGAGGAGCCGGCAGAGCUUCACUCACCGUUCCUUUCUCCCGGCUGCAGCCGGUAUCCACGCCGCCUUCCCCCGUCAGAAGGGGCUUGAUGCGCACGAGCAAAUCCCUUGCAACGCUGAAGUCCCGCAGCUUUGUCCCUCUGGCUCUGUUUCGCCCUAAAGCAGUGCUGGUAACUCGGGGUUUUGCCUCCCCCCCGCUAUCCCUUAAGGCGCAGAGGCUGCUGGUGCACCGGAGACCGCGGAAAUCCUUCUUCGAGACGCUCAUCAGGAGCCUGAUCAUCCUGUGCGUGGCCAUAGCGGUGGUCUUGUCGUCCAUCUCCAUCUGCGACGGCCGCUGGCUCUUCGCGAGGGGGCAGCUCUUCGGACUGUGGCACUUCUGCACCGUUGGCAAUGGCAGCGUCCUCAGGUGCGUCACUGACUUCAGCCUGGCCAACGUGGAGGGGCUGAGCCUGGGGGUGAUUCCCAUCAGGAGCAUGGUGUCCUUCGCCGUUGUGGUCGCCAUAUUUGGCCUGGAGCUCCUGAUGGUGUCCCAAGUCUGCGAGGACGCCAACGCAAGGCGUAAGUGGUCGAUGGGAUCGGUUCUCAUCCUCGGCUCGUUUUUGCUGUCGGCCACCGGGGUUCUGAGCUUCUCCAUCCUCGUGAAGGAUCAUCUCACCUUCAUGGGCUUCACGCUGACGUACUGGUGUGAGUUCGUCGCUGCCUUUCUCUUUUUCCUUAACGGGAUCAGUGGACUUCACAUCAACAGCCUCACGCACCCCAGGAACAGGGUAGGCAAAAUCUAG